AUGGAGCUGCGUGACUUGCUCGGCGACUUUCCUCAUCUGCAGCCGUUGGCAGGGCGUUGGAGUGUGUGCAGACUGGCAACUCUAUCCGAUCUGAGCACAGCAGAGCUCGGUUCCUCGCUGCUCCGCGAAUUGGGGUUGGCCUCGCUAGAAGACUGUGUUUUGCAAGAGUUCGAGCACAGGCGUCGGACCUGGCGGCUUCGCGGUGGGCUCGGUCAGCGCGUGCAAAGCAGUGUGGAAUGGGCUAGUGCAGCAGCAAAGUUCCGUCGAGCCGAUGCAUCGCUGCCGCUGUCUGCGGGAUCGGUGUGCCUUCUUACAGCUUGGGCUCCGGUUGUGGAAAACAAGCAGAAGCGGCUGCGACAGGGUCAUUGGCCUACACGGUCUCAUGGUGCGGCGUCUUUGAGUGCAGUGGACCAGGCUCGCAAAGCAGGGGAGGACAAGCAACGUCGUCGCUGGCUCGCUCAACUCCAGCGCUUGAUCGCCACGUCCGUCCGGGCUCCCAGCUGCGGAAGCUGGAAUUUCUGGUCGUGUGGGCAAGGGCAGGCGAGCUUCCACCUUACGGAAGCAUGUCAAGACGUGGGAGCGCGUCGUGGCAUGGGUUCGAAGCGCUUUUGGGGUCAGCUGGCCCUCUGCAGACCACUUUGCGGCGUAUCUGCAGGCCCCCUUGUGGACGAUCGGUUCCAGGCAGCUGCCUGA